AGUCAGUCAAAUUCUAAAGAUCAACAGAAAUACAAUUCCAAUCAGAUUCAGGUCAUACAAACAAGGUCUAACGCCAACCUUUUCCUGAUUCCCUUUGAUUUGCAAACACACGUUUCUCCCCAACUCGCCAGUGGAAAAUCAAAUCAAAGACUCAUAUGGCUGACAAGGCUACUACUACCCAAUCGAAAAGCUUAGAAGGAAAAGUGGCCAUCGUCACCGGCGGCGCCAGCGGCAUCGGCGAGACCACCGCUCGUCUCUUUGCGGAUCACGGCUCUCGCGUGGUGGUGAUCGCAGACAUCCAAGACGAGAAAGGGGAACAUGUGGCAACCUCCAUAGGUACCCACCGAUGCAGCUACAUCCACUGCGAUGUCGCUGAUGAAGACCAGGUCAGAUCCAUGGUUGACUGGACAGUCCAGAAGUACGGACGCCUCGAUAUCAUGUUCAGCAACGCGGGCAUCUGUAACGACCAGCAGACUAUCUUGGACCUCGAUCUAACGGUCAUGGAUCGACUCUUCUCCAUCAACGUCAGGGGAAUGGCGGCCUGCGUGAAGCAUGCGGGGAGAGCCAUGGUGGAAGGGGGAGUGAAGGGGAGCAUCGUAUGCACGGCGAGCGUUGCGGCAAGCGUGGGUGGGAUGGCCUUCACGGACUACACCAUGUCGAAGCAUGCAGUGUUGGGGCUGAUGAGAUCGGCGAGCCGCCAGCUGGGGCGGCAUGGGAUCAGGGUGAAUUGUGUGUCGCCCUCUGGGGUGGCGACGCCGAUGCCGUGCCAGUUAUCCGGGAUGGAAAAGGAUGAAGUGGAGAAGUUCUUCUCCAAGUCCACGAGCCUGAAAGGAUUAGUGCUGAAGGUGAAUCACGUGGCGGAGGCCGUGCUGUUCCUUGCUUCUGAUGCGUCUGCCUUCGUCACUGGCCAUAACCUUGCCGUGGACGGUGGUUACAUCCCCUCACCGGCCACCGCCUCGUAGCGAACCAUCACAGUCACUUUUUCGGCCUGUGGCGUACGGGUUGAAAUCGUCUGCAAUUCUGAUCUCGUACAAUUUCGCGUAAUACCACCUUCAGGCGAUGACACGUGUAUUGAUACUAAUACAAUGGCCCAGAUCUGGUACAACUAAUAAAACAUUAAAUCAGUGAAAUGGCAUUUAAGUCAGAUCUGGGUCAUUGUAUUGGUAUCAAUACACGCCUAAAAGUGGUAUUGUACAAAAUUGUACGAGAUCGAAAUUAUAGACGAUUUUUUUCUGUGGCGUACUGAUGCACAUAGUCAAUAGACUCAAACUAUAAGAUAAGCUGUGAUUUUCAACAAAAAAGUUCCAAUAAGAUCAAAAAGCAUAUGAUGGAUGUUUUUAAACAAAGAAAAUGAGUAUCUUGGGGAUCCAAUUUUCCAUGUUGGUCCUUAGCCUACUAAAUUAAUCAAGGGAGAGGAGCCUUUAAGUUGGUGGGGGUAGGGACUUGUCUCAUCAGUAGCUCUCGAGGGUCCAAAAUAGCUUUUUGUUGAAUUAUGGAUUCAUAUGUUUCUUAUUUUUGUGAUGAAAAUAAUUGAAUGAUGGUUCAUGAGA